CAGGCCAUCGCUGUGGCUGCGUCCGGCUCUGGUAUCGGGGGGAGCUGGACUCAGCAAGGUCUCUGCGGAGCAGUCCCGGGUGUCCCGCUGGUUUCUCCGAGAAUGAAGGCGUCUUGCGCGCCGCCCCGCUGCUCCGAAAGACUGGCUUCUGGGCGUUUCGUCGGGGUGCUUCUGCUGGCGCCGCUGCUCCUGCUGCCCACGUCCUCCGAUGCCUGUGAUGAUCCACCAAGAUUUGUCACUAUGAAGCCCCAGGGUGACCCUCCAUCCAGUUAUAGUCCUGGGGAUAGGAUUCUGUAUGAAUGUCGUCUGGGUUUCCAGCCAGUGACUCCUGGUCAAGUCCUCGCUCUUGUCUGUCAGGAAAAUAAAACAUGGUCGUCUCUCCAGGAGGGCUGUAAAAGAAAACAGUGUUCCAACCUACCUGAUCCCAUAAAUGGCCAAGUUACCUUUGUAAAUGGAAGUACUGAGUUUGGUUCACAGGCUCACUAUGUUUGUAAUCAGGGUUAUUACUUGAUCGGGACAAGUAUUUCUCAUUGUGACAUUUCUGGAAAUGGUGUGGGCUGGAGUGAUAAUCCUCCAACAUGUGAAAAGAUUUUGUGUAAACCACCUGAAGAAAUUCCAAAUGGAAAAUACACCAAUAGCCACAAGGACGUGUUUGAAUACAAUGAAGUAGUAACUUAUAGUUGUGAUCCUUCAAAUGGACCAGAUGAAUAUUCACUUAUUGGAGAGAGCAGGCUUAUUUGUGUUGGAAAUGAUGAAUGGAGUAGUCAACCUCCUCAGUGUAAAGUGGUCAGAUGUGAAUAUCCAGCUGUUGAAAAUGGAAUGAUAGUCUCAGGACAUGGAAAAAAACAUUACUACAAAGCAACGGUUGUAUUUAAAUGCAAUGACGGUUUUAACCUUCAUGGCAACAAUAUAGUUGUCUGUGGUGAGAACAGUACUUGGGAGCCUGAGCUACCAAAGUGUAUUAAAGUGUCGAUUCCUCCCAGCACCCACCCUCCAAUUCCCAGCACCCACCCUCCAGUUCCCAGUGUCUCAGUGUCGACUCGCAGCACCCAACAACCAAUGCCCAGUGCCUCAGGACAUCCCCCCAGCCCUACUGAUGCAACACCCCCGAACGAUGCUGAGGGUUUAGGUGCAGGAUUCAUCGUGCUCAUCGUUGUUGCUCUACUUGUUGGCAUUGGAUUAUUGCUUUGCCUGUACUUCUGUCUUUGCAGACAAAAGAAGAAAGGGAAAGCAGAAUGUAGCGCUUCCUACAGCACUUAUCAGGAUAAAGCAGCCACUCCAACAGAAUAGAUGACCUGAACCGUUUCCAGGAACACAUGUAUCACUCAGCCAUGAAAAUGAAGGAAAUCUUGCCAUUUGCCGCAAUACAGAUGGACCUUGAGAGGGUUUUGCUGGGUAAUAAGUCAUAUAAAGAAAGACAUGUGUACUGUCUGAUCUCACUUAUAUGUUGAAUCGGAAAAAAAAACAAGCUUUCAGGAAAGGAAAAUGAGAUUUGUUGAAAAUGAGAUUUGCUUCUGUACAAAUAAUCUAUUCCAUAUAUUAUUAUAUCAGUGGUGGGAUGCUGGUGGGGGUGGGUUUGAGUAAAGGUGGUCAGAAAAUACAAACCUUCAGUUAUAGGGUGAGAAAGUACCGGGGUGUAAUUACAGCAUAGUGGCUACCGUGAGUUACUCAUACUGUGUUUAUAUUGGCAAGUUGCUAAGAGUGGAUCUUUAAAAGUUCUAAUCACACGGAAGAAAAAAGUUUUUUGUAGGUCUUGACAUUAUCGAGUCACGCUGUACACCUUGAACGUAACGCAAUGCUAUCUCUCAAUUUUGUCUCAAUACUGAAGGAAAGAAAUAAAAAGAUUAUUUGCUGCUUUCUUACACUGUCAGAAAUAAAACUGCUAAGCGAUAGCCAUAGGAACAGUAAAGCAUUUUAAUCUGGCAGAAGUAUAGUCACUAUUCUUUAAUGCUUCUUUGAAACAUGUAUGAAUUUAGGUUUGAACACCUUGCCUGUUUUUCCUUAAAUAGCACUUGACUUAUGGGGCAGGUCAACAUGGUAUUCCCAGUAGUGUUAAGGUAGGGAAAUGUGGUGUGUUUUUGUUUUUUUUUUGCUAUAAGAUCUCCAAACUCAGAGAAAUAUAUUGCAAAAUGAUAUUACAUUCCAUUUGCAAAGAAAGUGAUUUUGAAAUCUUUUCUUGUUCAGAGAUGAUUACCAGUUCUUAAGGUUCAUUCUUUUGAGUUUCUUAACUAAGAAUAUUGCUGGAAAAUAUUCUUAUAUUAAAUAGAUUAAAAUGCUAUUUUUUAAAAUUUGUAACCUCGUGGUAAUUUAGAGAUGCUAUUAAGUUUUUGUCUGGCAUUUGUUCUUCACCCCUUUUAUUUAUAAUAAGCCAGUCUGAGAAACGAAGAAUUCAGCAUCAGUUUCAGGCUUCUGUACAAAGUUAGAGUAUUCUUAGCACCCAUGGCAAUAAUGCCAGCUCAGGACAAAGUGAACGCUGUGGCCUUAUAGUUUUCUUAAGAAAAUUCCACUUUAUUAUUAUUAUGAUUGUACUAUAGUUGUUUUUUUACAAUGUUGUAUCUGUUUCUGCUGAAGAAUUCUACUCUCUAAGAGAGUUAGAAUCCACUCUAAAGUCUGGCUCUAGGGGGUUUUCUCUGCCCACCUGGAUAAAGAUAUGUCUUACUUUACACAUGUCAUCAGAAUGUAAGCAGUUUUGUAGGGAAUGAAUUCAUCAGAUAACCUCAGGUCGUUAUCAGAAUCUUAAGUCUUUGUGGGUUCCUCACCUCAUCUGUAAAGGGCAGAGUAAAAAUGAAGCCCUGUAUUUCAGAAAAGCAAACUCAACUCUUUGGAUGUAGGUCAUGCAAAGGGAAGGAAAAAGGAAACAUUCUCAGGUGGGUCUGGACACUCAGGUGGGACAGACCCCAGCCUGCUUCUCUGUCCUCACACCAGUGGCCACAGAGGAGGGACUCUGCUGUAACUCAGAUUUUUAUAGGUUUCGUUUUACACCUUUAAAAAAAAAUUUUUUUUUUUUUUUAAAUUUUUUGGCCAUACCUUGACAUGCAGAGCUAUCCAAGCUGAGAUCAGACCUGUGCCCGCUACAGUGGAAACACAGAAACCCAACUGCUGGACCACCAGGAAGUGGAAGGUCCUCACAGUUCAUAGUUAGUAGCACAAACUGGGCCAAAGAAAAGUUGCCUUGGAAAGGUGUGAAUGAGGACUCAAGGGUGAACAGGAGUAAAUACUGUUUUUCUCCCUAAGGACAUGUUUAUAAGGCCCUCUGUAAGUGGUCCUUCCCUUUGUAAUCUUGGGUAAGGCACUUGGAAGAGAAGUUUGAACAGAAUAAAUUCAGGAAUUCUGAGACAAAUCCAGAGUUGAAGUUUUGCUGUACCCAUUUAUCACAUACUCUUCAAGAAUCUAACACUUUCUCAGAAGCACAGAGGUGGCUGUGGUACAUAUUUCUUAAAACCUCAAGGAAAUGUUUUCAACAAAAGUUUAUUGUGCUUACCAAAAUACUUUCACAAUAGUUUCCACUUCAAAUUUAGUUUUUCCAGUGUUAACAUAGUUAUAUGUAAGAUUGAAAUAUGUGUGUACAUAUAAAUUAUGUUCUGUCUGCAAAUCACUUGUCAAUUACUUAAAUAUAUGAAGAAACCAUUUUUCUCUAGAAAUGUCUGUCUGGAUGAGAGGGAAAAGUGUAUUUGAAUUUAAACUUAAAACUGCAAGAGUGAAUCCCCGGUGGAAUGAGACGUCUCAUAUCUGUAUUGUUUGUUUUCUGAGAAUUGAACCUUUGAAUCUGUUUAAAAAAUAAAAUGUCAUU